AUGUACGAAACCUCGAUAGGAAAAGUGGAUGAUUGUGCUCAACUUCUCGAGAAAGCUUUGCAAAAAGGAGACAAAGCAGGUAUACAUUAUGCCAAAGACCAACUUUUGAUUGAAGCCCGAGAUGUUCUUUCUGAAUGGCUAGAUGCUCAGUUUGGAAGCGCUGUCAAUGAUCACAGCGUAUUUGAUAAUCUUGCCAAAACGUACGAAAGAGAAUUUCUUUCGGAUAUGGCGCGGCUGAACGUUCUACCUGCUGACGUUGUUACCAGGGUCUCGGAGUACAUACCCGAGAUUGUCACCUAUGUGGAGAAGAUCAUAAAGAAUGGAUACGCUUACAAAACUGAUGAUGGCUCCGUCUACUUCGAUACGAAAGCAUUUGAAAGCAAUCCUAAACAUUUCUAUGCAAAGUUAGUGCCAGAGGCCUAUGGUGAUUCUGAAGCUUUGGAGAAAAAUAUGCGAGAAGGCGAAGGAGAACUUAGUAUGACAGCUGACAGGCUUAUGCAAAAACGGAACCCGUCUGAUUUUGCUCUUUGGAAGUCGUCUAAGGAAGGCGAACCGUUCUGGGACAGUCCGUGGGGGAAAGGGCGUCCUGGCUGGCAUAUUGAGUGCUCGGUCAUGUCCACUGCAAUUUGCGGAGAUCAACUCGACAUCCAUGCAGGUGGAUUUGAUCUCAAAUUUCCUCACCAUGAUAACGAAAUAGCGCAGGUCGAAGCAUACUACGACAAGCCCCAAUGGGUUAAUUACUUCAUCCAUUGCGGAACCCUUCGGAUAGCUGGCAUGAAAAUGAGCAAAUCGCUCAAGAACUUCAUCACAAUCCGAGAAGCUCUCCAACUUUACACUUCUAGGCAACUUCGAUUUCUCUUUCUCAUGCAUAACUGGACUGAUGUACUAGAUUAUAGCACAGCCACUAUGGACCGUGCCAUGCAGUUUGAAAAGAUUUCUAACGAGUUCUUCUUGUUGGUCAAGGAUUUGUUACGAAAACAUUAUAAGCCAGAUAGUCCUCAGGGUUAUGUAAAGUACGGUACUCGAGAAAUCCAAAUUAUGGACGAAUUCUCCAACAUAAAGAAGGAUAUUCAUGACGCCUUAUGCGAUUCCAUUGAUACGAGAACAGUAAUUGAAAAACUGCGAGAUCUUAUCGGCAUCGGAAACGCAUACAUUAAUGAGAAGGAAAAGGAAGGUGUUGCUCCAAACUGCCUUCUACUUCGGAACAUUGCAGCUUUCAUGACAGACCUUUUCGUGAUGUUUGGAGUUAUUCCAAAAUCUGGAGAACUGGGUUUCCCAAUAGACAGGGAGGCAGGAGUCGGUUCAGAGGAAAUGCUGAUGCCCUACCUGAACGCUCUCGCCACUUUCCGAGAGAAAGUCAGGAAUAUUGCCAAAGAUAACAAAGUGAUCUCAAUUUUGGAGGAAUGUGAUCGAUUACGUGACGACGUUCUUCCAGAACUCGGGGUCCGAUUAGAGGAUCGAACACAGGAGACAGUGGUGAAGCUGUGCGAUCGCGAUAUAUUGCUUCGCGAGCGUGAGCAGAAAAGGGCUAUAGAAGCAGCGAAACGGGAGGAGAAGGAACGAAAGGCAGCUGAAAGAGCGGAGAAAGAAGCAUUGAAACGAAUUCCUCCGCAGGAAAUGUUUUGCCGGGGGGACGAAGCUGCAAAAUACAGCAAAUGGGACGAGAAUGGUAUUCCAACACACACAGCUGACGGUGAAGAGGUAGAGGCUGUUUUUGUUUUGCUUACACGUUGCUGCAAGCUGCUUGGCGUAAAUUAUCUCUGCAUUCAAUUGGUGCAAAUCUAG